ACCCUCUCACACACACACACACACACACACACACACCCUCUCACUCACCCACACACACUCACUCCGACACACCCCCUCUCACUCUACCACACACACUCUCACAUACUCACGCGCACACACACGCACUCACACUGAGACACACAGACACAAGAGAAAACACAUUCUCCAGUUUCCAUCUGCUGACUGUGCGUCGUGUCAGCAUUAGUUUGCCGUUGGGGACGGUGAAUAGCCUCUGCGCUGGCCACUGGACAUUCAGGCCAGCACUCGAGUCACCAGGGGACUGAUUAAAUUGGCUGACGAUAGAAGUUGGCAAUGAAGUGCUGUCUGGUGCUGUGCAUUCUGGCCGUCUGCCCUGGUGUCCUCUCCUUCCAAAUCUGUUCCUUCAAUGCCAAGUGCCUGGGGCCUUCCAAAGCUGCAAAAUCCAGGGUGAUGGGGAUCAUCGUCAAGAUUGUGAGCCGCUGUGACAUUUGCCUGAUCAUGGAGGUUCGUGACACCAAGGGCAAAGUGACUGAAUCUCUCGUCGAAGAGCUGAACAGGUUCGACAGGACUCACAAGUACAGCUACAUAGCCAGCAAGAGGCUGGGUCACAGCCAUUACAAAGAACAGUAUGUCUUUGUCUACAGGUCAGACUCAGUCAUGAUUAUAGACAGUUACCAGUAUGAAGAUAACAAGAAUGGUAACCCAGAUGUCUUCGCUCGAGGCCCGUUCAGCACUUGGUUCCAUUCUCCACGAACUGCAAUCAAAGACUUUGUUCUGAUCGGGCUGCACACCGCCCCAGACAGCGCUGCGCAGGAGAUGGAGGAGCUUUACAAAGUCUUCCUGGAAGUUAGGAAGAAGUGGGGCAUCGAGGACGUGAUGUUGCUGGGGGAUCUGAAUGCAGGUCGCAGCUAUGUCUCACACAGCGACUGGGAAACCAUCCGACUGCGCACUGACCCCAGCUUCCACUGGCUAAUUGGUGAUGAGGAAGACACUACCAUCUCCAAGAGUACCCACUGCGCCUAUGACAGGAUGAUUGCACAUGGAUCCAAGUUUCACAGCACUAUUGUGCCUGGAUCAGCCAAAGCAUUCCAUUUCCAGGUGGAGUUUGGACUGUCUGAGGACGAGGCUGGAGCAGUGAGUGAGCACUACCCAGUGGAGGUGGAAAUUAAAGUGGAAAGAGACACCCACAGUGAACUCUGACCUUCACCCAGCAAGCAGCCCAGGCAUGCCCCACUUGGC